AUGGGCAGCGAAAACCAUACCAUCCACCCUGACUUCAUUCUCCUGGGUUUGUCCUCCCAGCCUGGACAGCAGAAGCUCCUCUUUGUUAUCUUCCUAGUCAUGUAUACUGUGGGUCUCCUAGGGAACUUCUUGAUCAUCCUGCUGAUUCUUUGGGAUGCCCAUCUCCACACUCCCAUGUAUUUCUUUGUGAGUCAGCUUUCACUGGUGGAUGUCUUCUUCACCUCAGUCACUGUGCCUAAGAUGUUGGCCAACCUGGUGUCAGAGUCCAAGACCAUCUCUUACGCUGGUUGCCUGACCCAGAUGUACUUCUUCUUUGCCUUUGGGGUCACUGACAGCUUCCUCCUGGCCUCCAUGGCUUAUGAUCGCUACAUGGCCAUCCGUAACCCCCUGCACUAUGCCAUCAUGAUGAGCCGGAGCCUGUGUGUGGGGUUUGUGGCCGGUUCCUGGAUUGUCUCCCACCUCCACUCCCUCUUGCACAUUAUCCUGAUGACCCGCCUCUCUUUCUGUGCUUCCCAGGAGAUCCCUCACUUCUUCUGUGACCACCAGCCUGUGCUGGGCUUGUCUUGCACUGACACUAGUUUCAUCGAAAUGCUGAUCUUCACUGAAGGGGCAUUAGUGGUGCUGAGUCCUUUUGUCUUCAUUGUGACCUCCUAUGCCCUCAUCCUGGCCAUGGUACUGAGGCUGCCCUCAGGUUCCGGGUGGCGCAAGGCUUUCUCAACCUGUGGGGCUCACCUGACUGUGGUCACCCUCUUUUACGGCACGGUCACCGGUGUCUACUUCCAGCCCACGGCUCGAUACUCCGCUGAGAAGGGAAGGGUGGCCACAGUCAUGUAUACCACUGUCAUUCCAAUGCUCAAUCCUUUUAUAUACAGCCUGAGGAAUGAUGAUGUCAAAGGUGCAUUGCGCAGAGCUCUGUGCAGGAAGGUGGGGACACAAUGA